CAGCAAUAUGUUCCCCCGUCACCACGAAACCCACACUUCCAGCACCCCAACCAGCCAGUCAGCCACCGCCAUCACCACCAACCGAGAAUGGCAAAUGAAGAAGCCGACAGCCAAAGCCACUCAACUCCGUUCACCACGAAAACUUACAAUUCAACCUCCGCCGAUGGUGGGAGUAUCGAUGUAGUCCGCCGUCCGCGCGGUCGCCCACCUGGCUCCAAGAACAAACCCAAGACGCCGGUUAUCAUCACACAAGACUCCGAGCCAUCUAUGAGCCCUUAUGUUCUCGAAAUUUCCGACAACACUGACAUCGUCGAAGCCGUUACUCGGUUUUGCAGAAAGCGAAAUAUGGGGCUCUGUGUACUUCACGGAAAUGGGGUUGUUGCAAAUGUUUCCCUCAAACAACCGUCGUCAACUCCCGGCGCUGUCGUUACAUUUCAUGGGCAUUUCAAUAUAUUGUCGAUUUCCGCUACUGUUUUGCCGGGAAAUAUUCCGGCGAUGGACGACGGUUUCAAAAUAUCUCUGGCAGGGCCGCAGGGUCAGGUUGUAGGCGGGCUCGUGGUGGGGCCGUUGCUCUCCGCUGGAACUAAUUAUCUGAUCGCCUCCACGUUUAAUAGUCCAUCUUUUCAGAGUUUGCCACUUGAACAUGAUCACCGACACUCCGGUGAGGAGCGGCAGAAGGAGCUUUCUGGGUUGGGAGAUGGUGGCCCUACGCAGCCUGGGGCUGCUGACUCUAGUAGAAUUCCCUCUUACAGUUAUCAAUCUUCUGAAGUGAUUUGGGCACCCGCCGCUAGACAGCCACCACCACCACCUUACUGAUUUAUGACUUCAUUCUGUUGGUGUUUGAUCUUAUUGAGAAAAUUUGUCAGCUUUUUUUUUAAUUAGGGUACAUUUGAUUGCAACGAAUUUCAUGAAAGAAGUUACUUCUGAAGAAUUCGUUUUUUAUCUUAACU